UGAGCAAAGGAUGUGGGGAUGGAAGGGGUAGCUGAGUCCACCCUCGCACAAGAUUCUCGGGGUGGCGUGUGCCCUGAUCUUCUUUUUCGACUGUGGAGUUCAGGGGGGCGCGAGGCUUGGCCUUCUCCAUUCCCACCUUCCAAGUUGGAACCUCCCCCCAAUUAAGGAUGGAGUUUUAGUACCCACUUGUGGCAGGAAUCCUGGGGGGAACGGGUCCCUUGUCCCUUUUUUUCUUUUUUCUUUUUUUCUCCUUUUCCUUUUUCUUUGGUUGGCAACCCAUCCCUGGCCACACACACACACACACACACACACACACACACACACACACACACAAACACACAAACACACGCUUAUCCCCCCCACCCCACCCUCAAAUUAUCCACCAAGAUCCUCUCACUCCUUUGGAUUGACUGAUGAAGACAUAAAGCUCCAACCGCUCUAUGUUGUUUCGGAGGUGGCGUGAGUGGUUUUUUCCCCUUCAUUUUUUUAAAUGGCCAAAUGACAGCUUGACCCAGUUUGCUUACCAAAUCAAAGGGCAUUUUCUUGAAUGUCUCUUUGUGGCGCCAGAGCCAACGCAAAAAUGAUGGCGGCUUACAAUGGCGGUGCAUCUGCGGCAGCAGCAGGUCACCACCACCACCAUCACCACCACCUUCCACACCUGCCUCCUCCUCACCUGCACCACCACCACCACCCCCAGCACCAUCUGCACCCAGGCUCGGCCGCUGCCGUGCACCCUGUACAGCAGCAUACCUCUUCGGCGGCCGCAGCGGCUGCAGCGGCGGCCGCAGCUGCUGCCAUGUUAAACCCUGGGCAACAACAGCCAUAUUUCCCAUCACCGGCACCGGGUCAGGCUCCUGGACCAGCUGCAGCAGCCCCAGCUCAGGUACAGGCCGCUGCAGCUGCUACAGUGAAGGCACACCAUCAUCAACACUCGCAUCAUCCACAACAGCAGCUGGACAUUGAGCCCGAUAGACCUAUUGGAUAUGGAGCCUUUGGUGUUGUCUGGUCUGUAACAGAUCCAAGAGAUGGAAAGAGAGUAGCACUCAAAAAGAUGCCCAACGUCUUCCAGAAUCUGGUCUCUUGCAAAAGGGUCUUCCGGGAAUUGAAGAUGUUGUGUUUUUUUAAACAUGAUAAUGUACUCUCUGCCCUUGACAUACUCCAACCUCCACACAUUGACUAUUUUGAAGAAAUAUAUGUUGUCACAGAAUUGAUGCAGAGUGACCUGCAUAAAAUUAUUGUCUCUCCUCAACCACUCAGCUCAGAUCAUGUCAAAGUUUUUCUUUAUCAGAUUUUGCGAGGUUUGAAAUAUCUCCAUUCAGCUGGCAUUUUACAUCGAGACAUUAAGCCAGGGAAUCUCCUUGUGAACAGCAACUGUGUUCUGAAGAUUUGUGAUUUUGGAUUGGCCAGAGUGGAAGAAUUAGAUGAAUCUCGUCAUAUGACUCAGGAAGUUGUUACUCAGUAUUAUCGGGCUCCAGAAAUCCUGAUGGGCAGCCGUCAUUACAGCAAUGCUAUUGACAUCUGGUCAGUUGGAUGUAUUUUUGCAGAACUGCUUGGACGAAGAAUACUGUUUCAAGCACAGAGUCCCAUUCAGCAGUUGGAUUUGAUCACGGAUCUCUUGGGCACACCAUCACUGGAAGCAAUGAGGACAGCUUGUGAAGGCGCUAAGGCACACAUACUCAGGGGUCCUCAUAAACAGCCAUCUCUUCCUGUACUUUACACCCUGUCUAGCCAGGCUACACAUGAAGCUGUUCAUCUCCUUUGCAGGAUGUUGGUCUUUGAUCCAUCCAAAAGAAUAUCCGCUAAGGAUGCCUUAGCUCACCCUUAUCUAGACGAAGGGCGACUACGAUACCACACGUGUAUGUGUAAAUGUUGCUUUUCCACUUCUACUGGAAGAGUUUAUACAAGUGACUUUGAGCCUGUCACCAAUCCCAAAUUUGACGACACUUUUGAGAAGAACCUCAGUUCUGUUCGACAGGUUAAAGAAAUUAUUCACCAGUUCAUUUUGGAACAGCAGAAAGGAAACAGAGUGCCUCUCUGCAUCAACCCUCAGUCUGCUGCUUUUAAGAGCUUUAUUAGUUCCACUGUCGCUCAGCCGUCCGAGAUGCCCCCCUCGCCUUUGGUGUGGGAGUGACGGUGGAAGAUAUUGUACUACUGAAGAUGUAAUGUAGCUUUCCACUGGAGUCUGGGAUUUGCAAUUCUGGAGGUUAAUCAUGCUUGUACUGUAAUUUUACUAAUGAAGUUUUAAAUUAACAACCACUACUUGUAUGAUAUGAAUAAUAUUUAGAAAAUGUUACUAGACUUUUAAUCUUGUAAAGUGGUUGUGCUUUUAGAAGAAAAAUUAUUUUACCCAGAGUUGCACAUGUUUUAUGAAUUUAGUGCAGCUGUUAUGGCUCACCUCAGAACAAAAGAAAAUUGAACCAAAUUUGGGAGUUGGGAUUUUGUGGUUUUGUUUUUAUUUUCCUUUUUUAAUGAAGUGAGAUUGUUCACACACACACACACACACACACACACACGC